ACCUACCUACCUACCUAGUGUAAACUGAAUCGUAAUUUUGUAGUAUGUAGGUAUAUUAAUUGUUACAGAAUACGUCGUACAAAGUAUCGUACAUCAUGUGGAGUAUCUAAAAAUACCGUGUUAAUUAUCAUACCAACGUGGAAACUCAAUAUAAAGGAUGUGUGUUUCAUCAAUCAUAUGUUUUUUAAUUAUGCAUUUAUACAAUUAAAAUUUUAUGCGAUAGUCGAAAAUGAGUCUUCACAAAGCCAGGAUUAAAGCUUUCGAGGACAUUUUAGAGAAAGACAUAGUAAAUAUUGAACAGCUACAAAAACUAGCUUUUAAUGGAGUGCCUGAUGAAAAAGGUUUACGAUCUUUCGUUUGGAAGGUCCUACUGCACUACAUACCCCUGGAGAAGAGUGCUUGGGAAACCACACUUCAAAAGAAACGGCAACUUUAUCGACAACUUAUAAAUGAAAUUAUAGUUUCACCUGGAGGUCCGACUGAUCAUCCUCUUAACCUAAGUCCAGACAGUUCGUGGAGCACCUACUUUAAAGAUAAUGAGGUCUUGCUCCAAAUAGACAAAGAUGUGAGGAGAUUGUGCCCUGAUAUCUCUUUUUUUCAAUCAGCCACCGAAUUUCCAUGUUCAGAGAUUGUAAACAGCAAUGGAGUGAAACGUCUGCACAAGCGGGUUGAGCAGUCGGUAUUAAAAUACUCAACUCUAGAACGAAGAGGUCUCGGUGUUGCCAAAUUGAGCAACGAAAUCCGUCGCAGUGAGAACAUCACAAGCGGCGACUACACCCCGUUGAAUGAGGGCUGUGAGGCUCAUUGGGAGGUUGUGGAACGGAUGCUCUUCCUCUAUGCGAAAUUGAACCCCGGCCAGGGAUACGUGCAGGGCAUGAACGAAAUCAUCGGACCAAUAUACCACACAUUUGCAUCCGACUGUAACGUCGAGUAUCGGAAACAUGCGGAAGCAGACUGCUUCUUCUGCUUCACGAAUUUGAUGGCAGAGAUCCGCGAUUUCUUCAUACGCACCUUGGACGAGACCGAAAGCGGCAUCAACUAUAUGAUGAGCAAGUUAUGCGAGUGCGUCAAGAAGAAUGACCGAGCUGUGUGGGACCGUCUCGAGAGACAGGAGCUGAGGCCGCAGUACUACAGCUUCAGGUGGCUAACACUGUUGCUCUCUCAAGAGUUUUCGCUUCCUGAUGUAGAGAGGAUCUGGGACUCACUUUUUGCAGACCCGCAGAGGUUCAACUCGCUCAUAUAUAUAUGCUGUGCCAUGAUCUUGUUGGUAAGAGACAACAUACUGAAUGCUGACUUCGCGUCGAACGUGAAGUUGCUACAGAACUUCCCGCCGAUGGACGUAUCAUUAAUAUUAAAGAAAGCAGUCGAAAUAUCAUCAGGUUAACUCUAUAUCAAACGAAUGAUAUUUUAUUAAAAUUUUUAUAUAAUACGAUUUACCAUUUUAUAUGAUUAUUUUAGUUUUAGUGUUUUAAAAGGAACGAAUGUCUUUAUCGAAUAUAUUAUAGUAUAUUAUAUAAGAACAUUAAAUUCACGCGUUUCACGGCAAUAGUCUAAAUUGAAAGCGGGUGAAACUGCGAAGAUCAACUGCUUAUAUAUCUAAUAAUAUUUUACACAAAAACUUCUUCUUGUAUAAAUUUAAUGUGUUAUAAGGUUUUAUGAUUUAGACAUUACAAUAAAAACAUAUAUUUUUAUUAUUAUAAGUUAUGUAGUGGUGACAACAUUCCAAAAUUGAAAGUCCUAAGCGAUAUUUUGUUUUACAAAGAAUUUAGAAUAUCAUUUCUUCCAAUCAGCUUUUUUUAAUCUUUUAUAAUUAAAAAAUAAGAUAAACCUAAUCGAAUAUAAUCAAAAUAAUUAUCGUUUACUAUUUUCACGUUUCAUACUAAUUUCGCUAUUUUACAGAAAAAAUAUUUUACAGUACAAUAAAAGCCCAAUAUAAAAAAACUAGAUUUUCAGCUGUAAAAAUGUACAAUAUGCAUUUCAUAACACACGAUUAUAAAAAAGUGAAUACUCCUACUUGUUUCCAAACAAUUACAUAGCUAUGCCGAUGCCACCAAUGCGGGCCGGUCUCUUGAUUCCAGGGGCUCGAUUCGAAUGAUUCAGCGAUCCACAAACAAUUAUUUAUUUCCAAAACAAUUUUUGAAAUGAAAAUGGGCUCAUAGAAGUUUUAAAUAAAAAGAACGAAAUUAAAGAUAAUUUCCGCCCACGAGGUAUGACCAUACCUAUGUUCGAAAAAACAAUAAAUGUUUAGAGGAAAAAGUUUAUUUUCUUUAUAAAAAUAGUAUUUAGGAUAGGUACUAACUAUUAUUUUAAUGUCAGGGUAUUGUGUGCAGGAGUAUAGAAAUUUGAAUGCGUUGUGUCAUUGCAUAAACAGCUUUUCAACGAAUUUGUUAUAUUUUAGUAUAUUGUGUUGCUAUUCUCUUAUGAAUAUGUGUAUAUGGAGUAGCCGAUUGCGUUAUAUAUUAUAUUUAAACUAUCUGUCUCAAAUGUGUGGAUCUUGGGACAGCAAUGGUGUCCUUGUUUGUUGUUAAGUACCAUAACAGUUGUUCGAUAUUCAACAUUACGCGACCGUUUUGGCCGCAAAAUAAUUGUCUAAAGCACGCCUGUUGGAAAUUCUGUACGUCUGUACUCUUUGAUCCCGGUCUGAAAAGUGAGAGAAUAUUUAGGCUCAGCUGACAUUACGUCUUAGACCCCGUGGACAUAGACAAUAUUAGAAAUAAGAAUUUCAUACAACUUGAAGCCAUGAUGAAGAUGAUACACAUAUAACGAUGGAAUCAGUUUUAAUUAUAAAUCUUUUUUGUAAUUGGGAAAUAAGGGCAUUAUUAAGGAACUUAAUUUUUUAAAUCCCUUGUGUUUAAAUUUAAAGCUUUCUAAUAAAUGAAAGACAAAAUGUUUUUACAAUUCUAGGUAAAUAAGAAGCGACAAUAUUUUAACUUCUAAUGGGUUUAUAAUAUUUAUUGAAUACAAUAUUUUUACCGUU